AGUGUGUGUGUGUGUGUCUGUCUGUCUGUCUGUCUGUGUCUGUGUGACUGCAGGUAAAAGCGAGACGCCCCCGGCCCGUAAAGCGAUCCUAACACCAUGAAUAAUGGAGCGUGCCGUUGCAGAGAGGAUAAGUUAUCUGUGCAAGGCUCCUUUUUCACAGGGCUUUCUCCCAUGGGUCACGUGAGUGAUAAGGUGACAGUAAUUUUUCAUGAGUAGUGUGUGUUGGUUGUAUGGCCAUAUAUUGUCCAGAUAGGGGAUGUCCAGACAGCCAUCGCUACCUCUGCUCCUCCAGAGUCUGUAGAUCUGCAGCUGCAUACACACUCAGGCUGCUCUGAACCCCAUGACCCCAGAACCUCCCUGCAGCCAAGGGUCAAAUGAAUUGUUUUACACCAUUAGAAACUCAAGGCAGCACUUACGACACUAAAGGCCAGGGAAGUGGAUGAAUAAAAGAUGUCGUCGAAACAGAAAAAAUCCACAGCUUCAGAGGAAACUGAAGAGGUUGAUGACGAAGUGGAGGAAACAGAGCCAAAGUUAAAAGAGAGGAGCAAUGGUUUCACCCGUGCGGACACCACAAAAGGAGAGAAGAGUCGAAAGAAACACAACAGCGCAGAGAGCACUGAGACUCAGGAGGCCCCAGAGAAAAAGAAGAAGAAAAAAGAGGGCGAAAAAGUAACACAGAAAAAGAAGAUAAAUAAUCCAGAUGAUGAUGAACCUGGUGCUGUGAUUGAAAAUGAGGCUGAGGAGGGUGAGCAGAACAAUAAUGACCCCACGACGAAUUCCAGAAAGGAGAAAUCAGAGAAGCUCAAAGAGGAAGUGACUAAGGCAGCAAAGGAGGAAAAGAAGAAAAAGAAGAAGAAAUCCUCCGCAGAGACUCCAGAGGGAGAGGAGGAGAUGGGAUCCAAGGAUAAAAAGUCAAAAGAUGUCAAGAAGAAGAAGAAGAAGUCUCACAAUGACGAUGAUGAGGAGCCCUUGAUUGAAGAACAGGAAGAGGAGGAGGACUCAAAGAAAAAGAAAAAGAAGAAGGCAAAGAAGGGUUCAGCGGACAGUGACGAAGAUAAAAAGAAAAAGGGCAAGAAAUCCAAAAGUAAACAGGUGGACUAUGCUGCGAUCUACCAGAAUGAGCUGCUGGACUACCACACAGACUCAUCUGAUGGAUAUGAGGAUGAGUACUACAAAAAGAAAGUGUAUGAGGUGGUCACUAUCACUGGUGAUGUAAAGGGCGCUGGGACAGAUGCUAAUGUGUUUGUAACCCUUUUUGGAGACUUUGGCGUCACGCCCAAGGUUCACCUGGCAAGCAAGUGAGUUUAAAAAGGGUUUAUGUUGAUGUUGUUGAAUUAUAGGAUAUUUUGAUAAUAAGUUGUCUCUAAGACUUUAAAUCAAGUCUCAAUGAUUCACUCUGCUCUGAUUUGUUUGCCCUUAUUAUCUCAGGUGUAAUGCUGUAGCUGAGUCAAAUUGAUUUAAUUCUGUUUCAUUUAAUUAAUUUAAUCAGUAGGCUUUUCAAUGUCAGCUGUUAACAUUUGAUUUUUUUUAUUCCUCUCUGAUCCUUCAGCACAGAAAAGAGGUAUUUUCUAAUAUGUUAAAGGAUGGUUAUGAUUCUGUCCUUGUGUUUGAUUGUAUUGUGCACAUAACACUGUAUAAGAGAGCAUUCCUGCUCAACAUUAACCCGGUGCCUGUAGAGACAAUGAAUGAAGACAAAAUCAAAUUGCACACCAAGGAUCUCUUGGGCCUGUUUUUCAAAACCAAACUAGUCUGAACCUUAAAAAUCCUUUAAUGUCAGAGAAGCAGCGCAUAUUCAUAACAAAGGUUGUGGUGCAGGAAUCUCUCCUCUAUACAGUCAUGUAAAUUCUCGGACACAGAAUAUCUGGAGUAAGGAGGAACUAUGUGACAUGGCCGGUCUUCUUUUCCAUUCAGAGGCAAAUGAAAGAAGACCACGAUGUCAUUUUAAUGGAUGAUCAAGUGACGCUCAUGGGAUCUUAACAGCAGCAGGCUCCAUUUAUCUCUGCACACACUGAUUGAUAGAUAGGGUUACCUGUGUAACGUAUAGGAUAUACCAACUUAUUGUGAGCUGGACCAUGUCACCCACAC